GAUUGCUCUUCAUGAUCAUAUAUCGUUUUGCUAGUAACUGAGACGGUACUCUCCAGUGCACCAUAAUGUUCACCAAACUUACGUUUGUUGUCGUCCUUCUCCUGUGUAUCAUCGGUGCAGUUAUUGCCGUGCAUAGCGUUAACUCCGAAGAAUCGGUUUACUGUGCACGACGCUGGCUAUCGAUGAGCCCGAGCCAUAAGCUUUGCCGGGAUCAAAACCGACCAAUCCACAUUCCACACGAUACCGACUGCUCCCGGUAUUAUGAAUGUGCCUCCGGUGAUGCGUACGAGUAUUCCUGUGCGCCGGGAUUGCUCUUCAAUCGGCAGUCAUUGAUUUGUGAGCUAGCCAGUUUAGUAGAUUGUCUCGAUAGUGAGCCCGUCAUGCAUCCCGUCGAGAUCCCUGGACCACCACAGCCAGCUCAUCCAAACUGUUCGCUACUAGGGGCAGACCUGGAGUCUUCGUUUUGGUCCCAUGACUCCAACUGCGCCAAAUAUUACGGAUGCUCCGAGGCAGGCCAGAUAUUGGAGCUACAGUGCCCUGGUGGGCUGGUGUGGCAUCAGCACGCUAAGGCUUGUGCCCUUCCGGAUCCUCAGAAAUGCUGCACCAGCAUUCCACCGGCACCAACCGAGCAAAAGGAGGAUUUGAACUGGUGGGGCAAGCUGCAAUCGUGGAUGGGUUAAUAGACGGCAUUCUUGUAGUAGCACACUUUGAAAUGUGCAGCGAGGAACUAUGAAGCGAAUAAAGGUGCUGCCCGAGAAGUCAA